AUGUGGAUAUACAGGGAGGUAUCUGCUGGCAAAUUGAAAGAUCAAACUACUAUCGAUAGAAAUCUUUAUGUGUACAACAUGGAGAAUAUGUCCGGAAGUAGAAAGAGGGGAUACGGAAGGAAAUUGGACAGUAAUAUGUGUCACGUAUGUGAGAAAUUGUUGCAGUCACCUUCACAUCUCCGUAGACAUAUGUUAUCACAUACUGGAGAGAGACAAUAUUACUACUCUGUGAACGAUUCUAGAGGUACCGGAAAUGACGACAUUCAGAAACCGUCAUUGAAGCACGUGUGUCCUAUAUGCAGUCGACCGUUUCCAUCUUCUUCCGGUUUAUCACGUCACCUGCUUACACAUACAGGAGAGAAACCGUUUGAAUGUGAGGUUUGUGACAAAGACAAUGAAGUGUUAAUGGUUUCUGUAGACAAAGACAAUGAAGUGUUAAUGGUUUCUGUAGACAAAGACAAUGAAGUGUUAAUGGUAGACAAAGACAAUGAAGUGUUAAUGGUUUCUGUAGACAAAGACAAUGAAGUGUUAAUGGUUUCGCAAACGCAAGCUUAUGGCACAUUGCAAAGAAAUUACCUUCUCUUAAAUACAGUUGCCACGCACACAUUAAGUGGCAUUUUUAAAUAA